AUGGAUGUCUUGAAUCUACCAGAUAUUCUGACUGAAAUUUUCGAAAAUCUGGUGGAAUCCUCGAAAUUCUCUUCAAUCAUUAGUGAUAAGUCUGACAAUAAAGAUUUAUUUAAUUGUCUCUUGGUGAAUCGUCUGUGGUGUCGUACGACAGUCCCACUUCUUUGGCGACAACCAUUUCAACCCACACGUGAGCAUGGAUACAAGGCAAUAGGAAUAUAUUUUCAAUGUAUGGACAAGAAGGAUCGAAAAACAAUUCAGAAACGGGGAUUUCAAUUACCACCGAUCAAAAUAGCACCUGUAUUCAAUUAUCCUUCAUUUCUGAUUGGGCUUAAUUAUCGAUGGUUCUUGAAUGCGGUCGAAGAUUGGUGUUACAAAACGCCUGUUAAACCGCACACUGGGCUUCUCAAAUGCUGUAAAUCGGCAAAAGUCGGCCAAGUAGCAGAGACCGAUGACAUUGUGUUCGUUGCACGAAAGUUGCUCAAACUUUUAGUUGAUAACAACGUUGUGUUGAAACGACUUUGCAUUUCGUCGAUUCCGAGAGCAGUCGAGGCUGUUGACAGGAAAAAAUACUUGAUCUGGGCCGAAUCAGAAUUCGUCAUUCUAUUUUCGUCCGUUAAAGAGCUGGUUGUGUCGGGGCAAUUCUUUGAUCAAGCAAAUGAUCUAACAUCACUUUCAAACCUUUGCAGAUUGGUCUCUCGUCUUGUGAUUUAUACAUGGGUGGAGAGAAACGUUGAACAUGAAUCAAGCACUAGAGAAGUCGGAAACGCAUUGACAACUCUCAUAAAAAAUCAGAAUGGAUUAAAGGAAUUUUGUAUUCGUGACGCUGGGGGACUCUCUAAAUUUAUCAUAAGUGCAUUACCAUCACAAAAAGAUUCCCUGUCAUAUGUUCGAUUUCAUAAGGUUGACUUCAGGAAUUCCGGCGCAUGGAAUGGUUUAACGGAAUGCUCGAAAUUACGAAAGUUAUCAUUUUUCCAAUGUGAACAAGUGACCAAGGAUAAUGUUCAGCCAUUGUUUCGCGCAACUUUCCCACACCUGAAAGAAUUGGAAGCUAAGCCAGACAUACAUAAUGGUGAACACCUGAUGCGUUGGAUUAGAACAAUGAAUUAG